AGGCUUUAAUACAACCAAAAUCCGAGAUGUCUAAUUGUUCUCGUUUUAAUCGACGUUAUUAGCGUUCUACUUCUUCGACGAAUGAAUAUUUUCUUUUUUAUUGUAAUAGGGUAAGAUAUUUCAUUUAUUCAAGCCUUUGAAAAUGUUAAGAAUUCAGAAAGUUUAUAUUCUUUCAACUACUCGAAGUUUUAAUAAUUAGAAAUAUGAAUCGACAGUUCUUAUUGAUCUUUUCUGUCCUAGAUAGUCACAAAUGUAGAUGAAGUAUCAAAAGAAACAGUGAUUUUUUUCCAGUCUGUUUGAAUGAAAAUAAGCAUAUAUAUUAGAACACAAUAAAGUGGAUUACAUUUCUUGUAAGAAAAAUGAAUUCAAUAUCAUUUUUCUAGUUGUUGUUUUUUUUUUUUUUUUUUGUAUUAUUCUCAAGUAGAGAGAUACUGAAGUCAGCAUAAUUUGAUAUGAAUUAACAACACCGGUUUUAAUUGACACGAGAUUUCUUUCAUUGAGUUUAGAACAUUUUUCUUGUGUCUUGUUCGGUGUUCAAUAUAGAAAUUUUCUUAUAUCUAUUCUCUUUUUCUUUCUUAUCUUAUUUAUUAGAAACGUCAUGAAUUUGGUACAUACUCAGAAACUUCCUUUGUGUACCAAUAUAGAUCUCUAAAUGUUUUUCCUGUAUUGCAUGUUUUCUCAUUCUUUCUUUUCAACGAACAAAAUCAUUACAUCUAUUAUGAUUGAAUAGAAAGAUAAUAAUAAUCAUCAUCGUCUCCAUUAACUUUUAAUUAAGAGACCAGUGCAAUAAACAAAGUUCUCAUUUUGAUAAUAGGAUAGAGUACAACAAGAUAUACAAUUGAAAAAAAAAUUAAAAGAAAAUUCUGUUCUGAGAUUAAAACUACUAUCAUUCCAACUAAAACUGAUACAUAAAAAAAUAAAGACUAAAAUCAGGUGAAGUAUUCAUAAAUAAAAAUCAUAUACUCGAGUCAGAAAAGGCGAAUGAAAGAUAAUAAAAUAUUUUAAAGUAAAACUUGUGGUAUCACAACUACAAAAUACGUUCAACUAAUUGAAUGCAUCUUAUUUUGAAAUAACCAUGCAAAAAACUAUAAAUAAAAGACACUAUUUCAGGACUGUAAGAGAAAUGAGUCCAUAGUUGAUACAGAAAAUCAUUUCUAUGGCAUAAUAAUAUAUCAUUUAUUGAGAAAGUGUAUUAUUUGAGUUGCUCUAAUAGACACAUUUACAUGUCCAGUUGGUAAAAUUAAAAAUUCUUUUUGAAAACUCCUUAAUCUUUAUCUGUGUGUGUGUGUGUGUGUGUGUUUAUAUCCUUUUUCAGUCUAGUAAAUAUAGCGAGGAAUGUUUUUUCUCUCUCUGUCUUUUUCGAUCAUCGACAGAUAAUUGUGAGAAAACAAGAAAAGCUCAAAUAUAUAGUCUGUUUAUACACAAAGGAAAAAUGAUGAAAUACGUAUAAUUAUCGCACCCUUCCCAUUUUUUAGUGACAAAAAAGAAAUGUGAAACAUUAGACGAGAAUAAGAUAAACAUGUACAGUGACUAUACAGAUCAACUACGUGUUAUAUAUAGGCCACAGAUUAAACGAUAGUGAUCAUUAUUGAAAAAAAGAAUGGAAAACGAGAAAUACAGCGAGAGCAAAAAAGAAAAGAUAUAUAUAAAAAUAAUAUUUAACCCCAAAAAUAGUUUUAGAUUAUUCAGUUUAUAUUUUUAUUUUUCAACAGAUAGUACAAUUAUUUAUUAGAUAACAACAUUUAGAGGUAAGAAUUUAUUUAAAUUAGUAUUUCGUCCUAUAAUAUAAACGAUAUUUAAUUCUUAAUCAAGAAUAACUCUUUCUACUUUUUUCUCUCAUCUUUUAAUCAUCAGAAAAGUUCUCUUAUUCGAAAUUUUACUUUCUAAACUCUGACGAUCCAAUGUCACAAAAGAUACUACAUAUACAAAAAAUUAAUUUUAUUUAUAGUCUACAUGCCUAUCUCAUACUGCAGUACUAUUUUUCUAUAAUAAUUUAGGUUAUUAUAACUCUUAGAUGUUAAAUUAUUAUUUCGUUAUUAUUGUCUCUCAUUAUGUCUCUGCUAUCUGUCAUAAUAUAUUCUCACUAACAUAUUAUCACCUAAUUCAUCUAUAUUACUACAUUUUUGCCAUUUUUGUAAUUUUUUUUUUUAGAUACUAUGAGAUAUAUAACUGUUGUUGUCGCCGUCGAUGUUGUUAUGAAUUUUAAUAAAUCAAUAACAAUUUAGAUGAGAGAUUAAAUAUUUGUAACAAAAAUGUUUAAGAAAUUAUAAAUCUUAUAUAUCACUUGAAACAUUUGAUUUGAAUAGUAAGUGUCAUAAGAAAAAUCUCAUUGCAUGUAGAUCAAUAAACACAAAAGGAAAUCGAGCGGAAACUUUUAUAAGUUAAGUUUUGAACAUCCUGAUUCAAUCAUGCUACUAUGUUUUCUCUUAUUUGCCGUUCAGAAUAAAAUAUUUAAUUUGUUUUUCUUUCUACCACUAUAUUACUAACAUCUUAUAUCCGUAUAUAGUAAAAUAAACAAAUCAAUGAAGUCUCUUAAUUUAUGACCUUAGUUUGGUUGUUUUCUUAAGAACAUAUAUUCCAUACGUAAUUAUUUAUAUUGACAGAGGAAUCCUGAACAAAAAAAAAAAAAAUGAUAAUUAACAUAAAAACGCUUUCAAACGUGAAAAGUUAAAAAGAAAAAAAAAAUGUUAUUUUGAACACUUGCACAUAUUAAAGGUUUCAUCUCUGUAGAAACUAAUUGUAUCUGUAUGUGUGUGUGUGUGUGUGUGUGUGCUGGUCGGAACUGAGAAAAAAAGAGAGAGAAAGAGAGAAACACGAAAAAUGUUCAAUUAGAUGUUAAAAAAAUAAGUCUGCAUUGAAAAUGAAAGGUUUAAAUGUACAAUAAACGAAAGACUACAAUAAUAAUCUUAAACGGCAGCGAUUGUAAUUCGAAGCUGAAUACACAGAAAAGUAGUAAGAAUAUUUGAGAGUGUCAUUAAAAAACGGUAAACUAAGUCGAUGUCUGAAUUCUAAUUCUUUUUUUAAAAAAUUUAGAGAGAAGUAAACUAUUAAAAUUCGAUAUCCUUUUCUACUGAUCCAUCAUCCUAUUCUCAUACGUAUAGAUUGAGAAUAAAACAAAAGUUAAUUAGAAAAUAUCAUAUUUAAGGUGUAUGUGAGUAUCAGCAAUUUAUUUUAUUUUAUUUUAUUUUAAAGGAUUCAAUUGCUACCUCAUGUUUCCAUCGGAUGACGCCCAACAACAACCAAAUAUUUCAUCAAUAACAUCCACCGGUAUCAUAUCAAAAGACUAUCUAAUAAAAAACAGAUUUAUCAAUACAACUAAUUCAUUAUCAACAGAACGAAAUUUACUUUAUUUAUAUAAAAAAAAUCAAAAUUUUCCAUUAAAAUAUCCAUAUCGUCUUACAGGAGAAUAUUUUCGACAUAAAAAAUCGUCAUUAUUGCACAAUAAAAAACCGAAUGUAUCAAUUUUAAUGAUGUUUCCUGAUAUUGAUCGUUUUAUACCAAAUUUACAAUCGUUAUUAAUUGUCUAUGAAUAUAUUGUUCAACGUUAUAAUAUAUCAACAUGGUUAAAUGUUAAUAUUCAUUAUUUAGAUUCAAAUUGUUCAAUUUCAUUAGCACCUCAUAAUCUUGUACAAAUAAUGUUAAAAACUAUUCCCGAUGUUGUUUUUGGACCAUUUUGUGAUUUAGCUGUUGCACCUGUUGCUCGUCUACUACAUUAUCGAAAUAUUCCUCUAGUGACAAUGGGUGCUGUAUCAAACGAGUUUACAAUUCAUCGUCAUUCAAUGUACAGUUCAAUAUUUCGUUUUGGUUAUAGAACAGAUGAAUUAGGUUUAUUAAUGUUAAAAUUAUUACAAUAUUAUAAAUGGUCGUUUAUUAAAUUUUUAUAUGAAGAUAAUCCAAAACCAUGGCAUGAAUGUCAAGUAUUAUUAAGACCAAUUUCACAUGCAUUUGCCACAAAUCAAAUACGUAGUGAUAACAGAAAAAUAACUAGUCAUGAUGCACAGGAUAAUUAUACAUCGAUUUUUGUCGAUUUUAUUAGUAAUAAUGCUUCUGUUUCCAUGUGGUGUGUAAGUCCAAAAACAUUCCGUUCAGCAAUUUUAACUGCACAACAAUUUGGUUUUAUUAAUGGUGAAUACGUGUUCAUCUAUCUUGAUACCGUAUUAACUCAAGAAAAUACGGAUGAAAAAAGUUUAGCUGUUCGACAACCGUGGUUUGAUCCAAAUGAGACUGAUGAUGAAAUUAAUCAGAAUGCUAAAAGAGCAUUUGAAGCUGUUUUAUUUCUUCGACAGAGACUCUAUACAAGUGAUCGAUUUAGACAAUUUGCCCAGGAGGUGUAUGCAUAUGCCAAAGAAAAUAAUAAAUCAAAAUAUUUAAUACAUGAAACAAUUGGCACUGAUGAGACAAAUUUUUAUGAUGCUGUUGUCACUUAUUUCAAAGCAUUAAAAUCACAUUAUUCCAGUUCAAAUCUAACGGAGAAUAACGCAGAAUAUUAUGUACCACUUGAUGCCAUUGCUUUUAAAGCACAUAUUUGUAAUCGAACAAUUGAAGGUGUAAAUAAAAAUAUAACAAUAAAUGCAUUAUGCGAUCGAAUUGAUAUUGGUUAUGCUGUCUACGAUAUGGAUCCUGAUACGGGAGAAUUUGAGUCGGUGGUUGCAUAUCCUGCUGAACCAUUUUCAACUGAGAAUAAAAAUUUACAAUGGAUAAAUGAAAGUCGAACAAUCUAUUUUAUUGAUAAAAAUACGACAGCUAUUCCUCAUACUCCACGAUGUGGUUUUAACAAUAUCAAAUGUCCAAAAAAAAAUUUACCGAUUUGGGGAUGGGUAAUUGUUAGUUUAUCAUCAAUUAUUGUUUUACUACUACUAGUUGGUAUCAUUUUGUACAGACGAGCAAAAUUUGAAGCUGAAUUAAAAGCAAUGCAAUGGUUACUUAAGUGGGAAGAAUUAAGUAGCAGAAUUGUCUUAAAUGGUGUUACACCUUCCUUCAAUAAAUUAUCAACAUCACAAAAGCGUGCUUCAAUAUCAAGUCAUCGUUCAUCCGACUGUAGUGAUGUUGGUAGUGGACACUCCCGUCAACUCUUCACGAAAACCGCCGUUUAUAAGUCUUCAAUCGUUGCUUUAAAACGUUUUUAUAAAGUGAAACUAGAAAUAACACGUCAUUUACAAUUGGAAGUGAAAGCAAUGCAAGAUAUUCAACACGAUCAUAUAGCACGCUUCGUUGGGAUUUGUUUAGAUCCAAAACAUCAAUAUAUCAUUACAGAAUAUUGUCCUAAAGGAAGUUUACAGGAUAUUUUGGAAAAUGAAGAGAUUAAACUUGAUUCGUUGUUUAAACAUUCAAUAAUGCACGAUAUUGUGAAAGGCAUGCAGCAUUUACAUAACAGCAAUAUUCAAUCACACGGAAAUCUGAAAAGUUCUAAUUGUGUGGUCGAUAGUCGAUUCGUCUGUAAGGUGACAGAUUUUGGCUUACCAACUUUGCGUUCAAAUCCAAACAAAAUAUCACCAAAUCACGUUAAAGAUUAUGCUUAUUAUAAAAGUAUAGAACAUUCUAUCAUCGACUCACCAAACAAAAUCUAUCUUCUUUUUCUUCCAGGUAAACUGUGGACAGCACCAGAGCUACUCAACGAUCCGAAUCCACGAGCAGCCGGAACACAGAAAGGUGAUGUUUAUAGCUUCGGCGUUAUAUUACAAGAAAUCGAGCUUAGAAAUGGGCCAUUUUACAUCAGAGAUCGAGAGAUGGAUCCAGCAGAAAUAAUCGAAGGUGUAAAAAGUGGAGGCAAUGUGCGACCAUCAAUUGAACCCGGUGCAUGUAAUCCUGAGAUAGCACUUCUAAUGAAACGAUGUUGGAGUGAAGCUCCAGCUGAUCGCCCUGAUUUCACGGAUAUAAGACAAGUUAUGAGACGUAUUAAUAAGGAUGGCGAAAGCGGAAAUAUUCUGGACAAUUUAUUGAAACGUAUGGAACAAUAUGCGAACAACUUGGAGGGUUUGGUUGAAGAACGUACUUCUGAUUAUUUAGUUGAAAAGAAGAAAGCUGAAGAACUACUAUAUAGACUACUUCCAAAAUCAGUGGCUGCGCAGCUCAUGGUUGGUCAUACAGUGGCUGCUGAAUCAUUUGAAAAUGUAACAAUUUACUUCAGUGAUAUAUGUGGAUUUACAUCAUUGUCCUCCGAAAGCACACCAUUACAAGUAGUUGAUUUGCUCAAUGAUUUAUAUUCUGUUUUCGAUGGUGUCAGUGAAAAUUUCGACGUUUACAAAGUUGAAACAAUCGGUGAUGCAUAUAUGGUUGUCUCUGGUUUACCAACAAGAAAUGGUGAUCUACAUGCAAGAGAGAUAGCUCGUUUAUCUCUAGCACUGUUGAAUGCCGUGCUCAAUUUUCGUAUUAGACACCGUCCAGAUCGCCAGUUAUUACUAAGGAUUGGCAUUCAUUCAGGUCCAUGCGUCGCUGGUGUCGUCGGUCUGAAGAUGCCCCGUUUUUGUUUAUUUGGCGAUACGGUGAAUACAGCAUCCCGUAUGGAAAGCAAUGGUAAAGCUCUUCGCAUUCAUGUGAGUCCAACCACUAAUGCAAUAUUGGAAAAAUUUGGUACAUUUGAACUCAAACUUCGUGGUGAUGUAGAAAUGAAGGGUAAAGGUAAAGUGACAACAUAUUGGCUUUUGGGUGAGAAAAAUGGUUUGAGUGCCCAACAUAGUUCGUUAAACUGGGAUGACGAUAAUACCGAUGAACAUUGA